CUCUUUCACUUUCCUUCUCUUCUUUAUACGCACUCGAAGCUCGUUCACUCCCUCAUACUGCUGUUCCCUUUAAAGCAGGGAAUAACGACGGGGCGAAAGCAGUAUUGGAUUGAUUUGACCGCGGUGUGCAACGGCAAUGGUCCACACCUGGAUGUGAGUUUGACGAAAAGGUUAAGGAGAGGUUGCUAUGCCAACAGAGCCUGGUCCUGAGUCAGAGGUGAAGAACGCAGCAGAAGUGUCCUCCCAGCAGAAGGGGGAAGCAGCAGGCAUGCAGGACUCUGCAUCAGACGGCAAGAUGGCCAAACAGGACCAGGACUCCAAACUGAUCGACGACCACAGGGAAACAGAUGACGUGUCAGAGAAGAUCACCCCAUGCAAGACCCCCAAGUCCCCCCAGAAGACUUCCAAACGGCCAAAGACUGUUCCCUUCAAGGUCACCCUACUGGACACCUCUGGCUAUGAGGCGGGGAUUGAGAAGCACUGCAAAGGACAGGCCCUGCUGGACAAGGUGUGUGAGCACCUCAACCUCCUGGAAAAGGACUACUUUGGCCUGACAUUCAUCGAGGCAGACAGCCAAAAGAAUUGGUUGGACCCCUCCAAGGAGAUCAAGAAGCAGAUGCGCACUGCUCCCUGGCACUUUGCCUUCUCUGUCAAGUUCUACCCUCCAGACCCCUCCCAGCUCACAGAGGACAUCACCAGAUACUACCUGUGUCUGCAGCUGAGAGAUGACAUGUUGUCAGGUCGUCUGCCCUGUUCCUUCGUGACCCAUGCCCUGCUGGGUUCCUACGCUGUGCAGGCCGAGCUGGGAGACUAUGACACCGACGACCAUGGCCCCGACUACGUCAGCGACUUCCGCUUCGCACCUAAUCAGACGCGAGAGCUGGAGGAGAGGGUCAUGGAGCUCCAUCGGAACUACAGGGGUAUGACUCCAGCUGAUGCAGAAAUCAACUUCCUGGAAAAUGCUAAGAAGCUAUCCAUGUAUGGGGUGGACCUUCAUCAUGCCAAGGAUUCAGAAGGGAUUGACAUCAUGCUGGGCGUGUGUGCCAACGGGCUCCUGAUCUACCGCGACCGCCUGAGGAUCAAUCGCUUCGCCUGGCCAAAGAUCCUUAAGAUCUCCUACAAGAGGAGCAACUUCUACAUCAAGAUCCGGCCUGGGGAGUACGAGCAGUUUGAGAGCACUAUUGGCUUCAAGCUUCCCAACCACCGGGCGGCUAAGAGACUAUGGAAGGUCUGCAUCGAGCACCACACCUUCUUCAGGUUAGUGUCUCCAGAGCCUCCUCCUAAGGGCUUCCUGGUGAUGGGCUCUAAGUUCCGCUACAGUGGGCGAACCCAGGCCCAGACCCGGCAGGCCAGCGCCCUUAUAGACCGGCCCGCUCCCCACUUUGAACGCUCCACCAGCAAGAGGUACCUGCUGUCCCGCAGUCUGGAUGGAGCAGAGUUCUCCCGGCCAGUGUCGGCCAUGUGUGAGAACCAGGAUGGUCUGUCCCGGCGCAGCGUCAGUGAACACCCCCACCUCCACAGCCCCUCUGGGGACGAACAGGAGACUGAACUGGAACCACCCAGUCUUGAGCAGGACAAUGAGGAGGAGGAGGAUGAGGAACGGGAUCCUAAGGAAGACCAGGACCAAGAUGAGGAUGGUGUCACCACCCCCUGCAAGAAGAAGGAGAUCAAGGAGGAUGCUGGGUCCCCACUUGACAAUAUACAAGAGUUGGACCAGGAGACAACCCCUCGACACAAGGAGUUUUUAGAUAAGUCGGAGGAUGUCUUAUUGAAGCACCAGGCCAGUAUCAAUGAGCUGAAGAAAGCCCUGAGGGGGCCCAACAGCAAGCUGAUGAAUCGUGAGAAGCGGUUGUCAGGAACGUCCCCAGGCGGCACGCCCGAGAAGAAGGCUGUGGGGGGCAAGAACCAAGUAAACAGCCUCUCUGUAGAGGGCUUCUUCCAGAAGACUUUGGUGACUUCUCCAGAGGGCUCUGAGGAGUGGGUAUUGAUUGAGAAACAAGACACUUAUCAACAGAACCAUGACUGGAAGGCCGAGGAACAGAACAAAGCUUCCACCUCGUCUCCCCCAUUAGUCCCUGAUUUUUCUUGCGAAAGAAAAGAAGAACUGGAAAAAGAGGUAGAAGGAGCCAAGAUGAUUAAUAUCGAGGCUACAGGGGAGGAUUGGCCAGAAAUGAGAACAGAUAUUGAUAACUUUCCCUCGCCGAAAGCCACAAGGGAAGCCCAUGAUGAAUGUUCUGAACCGCGGCUGACUAGCAACAGCCGGUUCAUGGUGGAAUUAGCUGAAACCACCGAAUCUUCUGAUGCAAAGAAUGACAUAGUCCCAGUCCCAGACCCAUUCUCAACCCAAUCCCCAAUCCCAGCCCCAGUCCCAUUCAGAGACUCUAAGAAGGAUCAUCAACCCAACAGACACAGAAAAAAGAAGAGACCUAAUAGUUUAAACCUGGGAAUGUCGACAGAAUUCAUCUAUGAGAAAGAGGGUGAUGGCUCAAACGGCGAAGAAGACAACGAGGGCUCGGACUGGGAGGAUAGUCCUACAGAGAAGACAAAGGCGGGACUAAUAGAUAUCCCUCAAGACAGUACAACAAGAGAGGAGCCAGAUGACCAGUGUUGGGUGACGAAUGCAGUGAUGAAAGAUGAGGAGAGAUCACCAGAGGCAAAAUGGAAGGAGAAAGGGGUGUCUGCUGCUGUGUAUGAAGAUAACAAGAAGGACUACAUUACAUCAAUGGGAGAAGGUGAGGAGACUCAUGGAAGUGCUGUGGAUGACCCUGCAUGGUGUGAUGGAAAGGACCAGGCUAAGAGCUUCAUCACUGAUGAAGUCCAGCCAGCAGAUGAAGUGCUGGGUUCUGUCAACGGUCCUGGGAAGAAAGAAUGGGAUAGUUUUGCAGAACAGGUUAAAGAGUUUGAUCUUAGAGAGAGGAGCAUGACUGACAAUAGAGAACACAUAGCAGAGGUCAAACUGAGGGUGGUCAAGACCCAUGAGAGAAAAGUCAGGAACUCUGGGGGGGAGGAAAUGGAAGGUCUCAUGUCAGAGCUCAGGGGUCAGAGAAGGUCUUUUCAAAGAUUAUCAGGCAGCAGUCAGUCAGAAAUCACCAGGAUCGUUCCUCUCAAACCUGAAAGGUCAAAGAGCUUAGCAUGCAAAGAUGAGCAGGACAAAGGGAGUCCGGAAACUGAGUCUGAGCUGAGUGGAGUUUUUAGAAGAGAGUACAGAUGGUCAGGGGGUUCGUCAGAGGGACCCUCAGACAUCAACCGGAACGACGGACCCACCUUUCAUCCAACAUUCACCCUGCCUACGUCAUUAAUCUCAACCAAUGCUAGUCCAGCAAGACAGACUCACUCCCCGUCCAUGACACACAGAGAAGCCCCACAGGUACAGGGCAGCUUCUGGGGUCUGGAAGGCUUGGCGAGAGUCGAGGCUAAAACUGAAGAGCUGGUCCAGGAACAGAGCAGCACAGCCUGUGACGAACCCUUUCAGGUGGCUAGAGAAGCCAUAGAGAGUCAUCAGCUUCUCAGCUUUAAGACCUCAGCUCCAGCUUCAGCGCUUCCCAGAACAGCUCCUCCUGCCCCUCCAAUGAAAACACGGAAGGCCAGAGAGUCUGGACUCAUACUCCGGAACAUCAACCGCAAUGCUAGCAGGGAGCCAGGCCUGGAUGCAGCCAAGAAGAGACACUCGGAGCCUCUCUCCACUCUUGCCAUUUAUGAAGAUACAGUAGAUGAUGCCAAGAGGGAACAUUGGGAGAGGAGGCCUCGGCCGGGCUCCACCUCGGAGGAAGACCACGAGCGUGACACGGUGGUCUUCAUGAAGGAGACCCACCUGGGUAUCGAGAGGAAGUGCUCCAGCAUGACGGUCAGCUCCACGUCCAGCCUGGAGGCCGAGGUGGACUUCACCGUCGUCAUGGACCUCCACACGGGCGUGGAGGAGUUCUCCAAGGGCCUGUCUGAGCUGGGGGAGAGGGAGCGGCUGCCCGAAGUGGGCCGGGAUGACUUUGAGGAGACCUCCAGGUUCUAUUCGGCCCAUCUCAUGGGCUCCCAUGACAUGUCCCCUGUAGAGGAGAUGCCCCCUGAGGAACGUGUGCGCCAUGAGCCCCCAGUAGCCAGGAAAGACCCCAGUGCUGUUAGCACUGCCCAGAUGCUGAGGGAGGCCGACACUAAGAUGGAGACACACACCAAUGGGUCGGGGGUCACCAGCAUCAACAUCAUGGACAUGUCCGAGCAGAACCAGAACCAGGGAGUUGGCAGUAGGAAGGAGGUUCCUCUCCCCAGUAUAGAAAAUGGCUCCCCUGUGAAGGCAGGCACCCUGGGGAGAGAGGCUGUAGUGUCCCCACUGACUGUCACCGCCGACAAUGUCACCUCAGCAACCACAACUCAAGUUACCAAGACAGUGAAAGGUGGCUACUCCGAGACCAGGAUUGAGAAAAGGAUCAUCAUCACAGGAGAUGAUGACGUGGACCAACAUCAGGCCCUUGCCAUGGCGAUACAGGAGGCCAAGCAGCAACACCCCGACAUGCUGGUGACAAAAGCAGUGGUUGUCAGGGAAACAGAGUCGCCCACUGAGGAGCAACAUAGGAAAUCUGAGUCCUGAUCACUCAUGGUGGUUCCUGGGAGUGGGGACAGGAGCCCGUCAACUCCCUGUCUCCCCACACCACCGCUGCAAGAGGACUACAGUAACCUACACACAGUGUAUACUACAGUACAAUAGACAGCGCUCCUUGAAAUAAUCUCUGUCUCCUCUACAACAGUAUAUGCCUCCUCUCCUGUCCCUUUAGCCAAAACCGACUGUGAUGCCGCCUCUGACCCACCCUCGCCCCCCACCCUCGCCCACCAACCACUCUUCCUCUGGAAAAUGCCCUAGAAAAUGCCCAGUGUUUGUACAGUAGACCCCCAAGAGGUCUGACUCGUGGUUUGUAAAGAAUAGGACUAUAGAUGUAGGAUCUUCAUUUAUCACUAUUUUGUUGCUGAGAAUUGUUCAGGUUUAAAAAGGCUUCUAAAGUUUGUCAUUUACAUUUUAAAAUGUUAGACUUGAUUUGCCCUUACGGAAAUGUAUCAACCCCUACAAAGAUGUCCAUUAAUUUUAACUCAAAUAAUAAUUCACAUUUCCUGUUGCUGUAGGAUUAUUUUCCUGCUGUAGCAAACUGGCUCAAAUUUUGAUCCUACACCUGUAUUUGGUCGUGAAUAUGGCAAGAAUAGGGCUUAUGUGUUGCACUACUAGCUAUGGGAUCUGUGAGAGAUCAGUAUAAUGGUUCUGAUAUUCUACAUCCCCAGACAGACUCUAUAUGUACUGUACAAACAUAAUGGCAUGUUAAUGGUUCCUCACCCCCAAUCAGUGUAGUUCAAUUAAAUUAUUAGCGAUGAUGAUGUAAUCCACAAAAAAAUCAGAUUGACCUUUCCCCAGAACACAUUGACUUACCUGUAAGUACUGGUAAUUUAUUCUUCAGGAACUCAAUAGCCCACCUCCACAAAUUGCUGUCAUAUAUGGUCACCAUGGAGAUGCCUGCUCUGUGCUGACAUCAUGCAUGAAGCAUGGGGACUGGGUGAGUGUAGUGUGAGGAAGGGUUUGGGGGGAGGGGUGCUCUGCAGGGGUGAUGGUCAGCCUUUAAUGCUUGUUGUCACCAGUGUGACACAUAUAUUCAACAGCUGUCUUACUAGCUUUUUAAACAUUUUUAACAAUAGAAAAAUCUAAUUUAAAGUCCAGUGUUUGCUUGUUUAUGAAAAUAAAUAAAAAUGUAUCGAUUAGCGUCUCAUACUCACAUGCAUGAUUCUAAAUAGUCGAGGGAAUGAACGAUACGGACCUGUCUGUGAACUGACAUCCACAGGAAGUGCUCAAGAUGGCAGAACAUUCAGACAAAUCUAUAGCUGAAAGAUUCUGUGGAAUAGACUUCUGCAACGUGUAGACACUGCAUGUCAACCAAAGCUGAUGGGACUAUACUGAUAGGAGAGUCAACUGAAGAAAUACGUGGACAGACACUUCUACAACAUCAAGAGACUAUGAGUUGGGACUCCACUUGGCAUUCAGAGUAUACUACUACUACAGGCUCUGACUCUCGUUCUCUGGCUAAUAACAAACCGAAUCCCUCCACACCCCCUUCUGUGCUCCUCUCCUCAUCCUGUUCUCCUUCAGUCAUCCUACUGUCAUACUUUCAGUCGCAAAUGCUGGUCACGUAGGGCAAAUGUCAAAUCAUACCCAUUUCCCCAUGUAGUGCACUACUUUGGUCAAAACUAGUACACUCUACAGGGAAAAAGGUGUCAUUUGAGACAAAGCCAUAGUAUGGUCAAAUGAGCAGUUUUAAUAUUUUACAGUAUCUAAUAAUUUAAUGAAAUGUGAGGAUAUGUUUUUUUUUUUACUUACUUUAGUUGUUUUUAAGUUAUGGCGUAUGAGUUCAACAUUUGUAUUUAUAAGAGUGGUUGUGAAUGUCAGCUGGUGGGUUUCUUUCCUUCCCUAAACAUUUUUAAGUGUGUGAUUCCUUUUUCUGUACCCUCACAGACAAAGCCUGGAUUCAUAGUGUGACACGUUUAAGGCCAAACUUCAUCAUCUUCGACAGAUAGACAGGAGGUGAACCUGUUCCAGAACACCUACCAAGGCCUCCAUAGCCCUACCUGGCCAAAUCUGUAGACUCUCUGGAUAAAAACUCUAAAACUAUAUUCAACAGCUGCAUAUACAUCAGUCAGUCAGUCUGAAAAAUCAACAAAAAACGAUGCUGGAACAAACUGUUGAAUAAAUACUAUGCAUUGUUCCCUGUGUGGACUAACUUUGAAAAUAUAACUGAGGAGAACCAGAUUCAUUUUUGGAGUGCCGCUCUGCUCUCAUCAUCUCCUAUGUGAUAUUGUUAAUUACAGCGGUCAAUCUUAACUGCUUGUGAGACUCGCAAUAACUGUCUCUCUUGUAGCCACCUCGCUAUUGUAAUCCAUUAUCAAUCUACUUAAAAGAGAAAACUGUGAACUGUUAUACAUAUAAAAAGCAUUACCAAAACGUUCCAAGAUGGAGUUGAAUCUAAAAGUUGAGCUCUGCCACCGUGUUCCCAUGGCUUUGUUACCGUGCUUGUCAUAAUUACUCCAUUCUCACUUCACCCUGAAGUAACGGAGAAGAUCCUUUGGACUUUGUCUUAACUGCUGUAAAGUUCAGUCUCUGUGAAACAGAGUCCCUAACAGUUCUUUUGUAUAUUUUAUUUCAUUUUAUCUGGUCAAAUGACACUGGAUUCAUGUUAAGGCACUUGCUUGCAGUGAUAGGCAGCACCGAUAUUGUUAGAAAUGUGUGUUUUUUCUAUACUGGACACACACCUCUCAAAAUGAUUACUUGCUGUAUAGACAUUGAGAAAGAAGUUGCCCUGUAUAUCUGAUGUGCUGUUUUGAAGGGUGGGAGGCAUAUUGUAUGUAUGAACAUAAAUACUUCUAUGUGUGCAUAUGGUUACAAAUAUACCGGAAGAGUGGUAUGAGGUUGUGCACAUUUUGUAAUAGAGGAUUCACAAAUGUGCAAUGUUCAGACUACGCGUAAGGACUAAUACAGUGCACUAGUUACACUGAUGAUGGGUGCCUUACUGUUGGAGUCACUGCCUCUAGAAACAUUUUUACAUUUGAGUCAUUUAGCAGACACUCUUAUCCAGAGCGACUUACAGUUAGUGAGUGCAUACAUGUUUUUUUGUUUUUUUAUACUGGCCCCCCGUGGGAAACGAAAACACAACCCUGACGUUGCAAACGCCAUGCUCUACCAACUGAGCUACACGGGAAACCAAUUAAUUAUUAAUUAUUUAGAAUACCUGUGUGAUCUACUGACAUUUCAGCCAUCCACUCUCCAUGUGGUGUUGAGGUCAUGACCUCUUCUGGAGCCCUGGAUGACCCCACGGCUAAAAUGUCUAUAGCCUACAUGCUCAUUAAGGUCCCAUAGAAGAACUGGGCAAUACUAUCAUACACUUUUUCAGUGGUAGGAAUAAUACGAAUUGGAAUGAAAAUCUAUUGAAGAGCAGAAAGAUUACAAACAAUCACCAGGCCCCAAUAGGACAGAACUAACUGGCUGAUUCCAUAGGCUCACGUGAAGUACUAUCCACCCCACUCUUCCUUUCCACCCUUCAAUUCACCUCAACCUGUUUGCUCUACAUUCCCCCUAGUGCUUGGUGGUGUGUGUUUGCUGUAUUUGCAUUGUCUAAAUGGAAAACAUACAUACAUACAUAAAUAAAUAAAUGUCUCAGUGCUAUUCA